AUGUGCGCAUUUUCAUCCUAUUUUGCACCCGUUGCUCUCCUGUUGCUCGCAGCAGCCUUUAAACCAGUCUCCCCACUCCCUCCCACAUCCAAACGCUCCUGAACUGGAAGCAGUCCAGGGCUGUGGUUCCAGCCUGCUGACAAAACCCAAAUCAGCCCAAAGAGCGCAGCUCCUAAUUGGCUGAAGGAGAUCUGUCCGAUGAUUAGCGCUCUGCAGCAGACGGUGGAUUAAAGCUGUGGGUCUCUCAUUAUUAGAAAGCGCUCGUCAGCACAUCUAUCCACCCAUCUUAAAGGGAGGCAGGCGGCUGCGCUCCCAUUUUUCUUCCACCAUAGCGAAAGGACGGAGGGAACAUCAGGGACGUAGGAACUGGGAAAUCCUCCCGAGGCAAGUCCCACGACGCUGACGCGCCACGCUCCCCCACGCCGCGGCAGGCUUUCAUCCUGUGCUCUUCGGCUCAAGAUGGCGGUGCAGGCAGCGGAAAAGGACGGGAUAAACAUGAGCAUGGAUGAGGAACACCCGCUGAACGACUCACUGGGGAACUCCGGGCUGAUCUCACCCGACAAGGAGGAUUUAUCCCGUCUGCUGACUGUGCCUUUCAGCGGGCGCAUCCGCGGCGGAAUGCGGCCGGGCAAGAAGAUCAUAGUGAUGGGCAUCGUGGACCUGGAGCCACACAGCUUUGACGUUAGCCUCACCUGCGGGCGGGAUUCAGAAAAGGACAAGUCGCCGUUCGACGUGGCGCUGAAACUCACCGCUCGCUUCAACGAUCGCCAGUUUAUGCGCAGCGCCUGCGUCUCGGGGAAAUGGACGGAAGAGGAGGCAUCCACCGACUACUUUCCUUUCAUCCCAGACCAGCCAUUUAGGAUUGAGAUCCACUGCGAGCACCAGCGCUUCCGGAUAUUCGUGGACGGACACCAGCUCUUUGACUUUUAUCACAAAGUAAAAUCCUUGCCCUCUAUCGACACGGUACGGAUACAAGGAGAUCUACAGAUCACCAAGCUCGGUUAAGCCUUCCUCUCACUGGAGUUCCUAGGAGUGUUUAAAGCAAAGACUUGAUUAUAAAACACAAACACACAUUCGUCUGUUACAUCAUCAUCUAUCCUGCCCCGCUGCAGCAGAGUUCCACAUGGGGGAAACAAAAGCUCUACAGAGGGAACCAUCUAAGGUUUUACUGCUUUUUUUCUAAUUGGUCUUCAGGACUUGAUUCACCGCUGGAAGUCUGUUGUUUCUCGUUUAUUUGAAAUUGUUUUUUUAAUCAUUUUUUUUAUCCAGUUCUGCAUUUGUGAUUCUGAGCGCUUUUAAAGUGUAAAUUCUUCACAAUUCAUAAAUAAAAGCAAACUUCUAGAGUAGAAUAGUAAGGAGAAACUAUGAGCUAAAGGAAAAAAAUUUUUUUUCAUUUUUGUUGCUUAUGAUCACGAAAUUCAAGGAUACUUCUGCACAGAAAAAAAAGUUCACAUAUUGAUCAAGAUUUGCGCAAAUUUACCAUUAGAGCAGAAUGUGAGUUUCAUAGCAGAUCCAAAAUGACGUUGCUGCUUCAUCUGUGUGUUUGGAUUAGAUCUUCCAAAGCUGGAGGCAUAGUUUCAGUUUGAAUUAAGACUCUUGUUACUGCAGAACUAACUGAGUGUCUGUGUAGACGAGCUCCUCUGCUCUGCAUAACGUUUAUCCCAGUUUACACGAUUCUCUGCAGCUUCCAUCGACCUAAAUACCCAAAAAAUAAGGAUUAUCUUGAGAUGUCCCAUAUUUUAUUUGCUGCAUUUGUUGGCAGCUUCCUGCUGUGGUUUUUUGUGGCUCUUGCUGAUAGGAAGCUGAAAAUCAUCUUGAAGUUGCCUCUGGAUGGUUUUGUUCAUGGCAGGUUGUACAAACGUUGCUCUUAUUUUAGUUGCCCUUCAAACCUGGUAGCAAGACUGAAAUCAGGAUCAAAUCAUUGUCGGUACUUUGAAUGUAUGAUGUGCAUGUUUCCAAAAGUGUGUAGAAGAUGUAGUGAUGUACAUAAUUAAUUUAAAAUGUUUACUAGGUUUUUUGGGGGGGUUAUGUGGACUGUAACAUCACAGUUCACCAACUUUUGUGUUCUUACAUUCCUAUUUUGGUCUCCUGAAUCAUUCCUCACCAGCUCACGGUGAAGAUAGCAGCUUUUCCUAAACUCUACAUGCAAUGUACUGUGGUGUGCAGGAGAACUUGUUUCUCAGCUCAACUGUAGUAAAACUGCUAAAAGUCUUACUUUCUGCUGGUGCUGCUAUUAAUCCUCUUCCUAUAUUUACCUUUUACAUUGCUGCCAUUUCCUGCCAAAGCUUCAUAUAUUGAAAUAUCUGAAUAUCUCACUGCAAGAAAAGGAUUUUAAGGCUUUCGAGUCAGGAUGAGUUCAUUUAAUGUUUCUAAAUAUGAUAUUUCCCAUCAACUAUCGUCUAACAGACCAAUUAAAUGGAAUUAAAUUGAACUAUUUGGAAUCGAUGCUAUAUGCAGUUUGUCUCCACCGGUUUGUUGAGGUGUUUACUAUAAUCAGCAAUAUGACCCUAAAGGAUCAGCUUUCUGAUUAACCUCACUUCUGCAAUUUUCAUUUCUUUUAUGCACAGUGACAGCAUUAGUCAUGGAACCUGACUAUCUUCCUAAGUCUUAAUCCUGACUUUAGGAUGCGCUCUUUUGGAAUUUUUAACUGGGAGGUUUGAAAAUUUGAAGGGAAAAAGAAUGCAUCAUGAUCUGAAUUUGUUGCUCUUUUACAACCUAAAUGGAUACAUAUAGGUCUGGAUUACUUCUAGGAAGCUUUAAUUUGAUUAUAUUAUAAAAUUAUAUUUGUAAAUUAGCAAUUUACUAAGAGGUUUACCAAAGGAUGACAUUUAGGUUUAGAAAUUCAGCCUAAUUGGUUGCAUUAACCUAAAGUUCCCUGUUUUGUUUUUUUACUUGUCUAAAAUUUAAAAAUAAAUGAAAUCCAUGUUAAUUAUAACAAGUUCAAAGGUUUUCCUAUUGUUGCCUUGAGCUGGGAGGUAGCCAUGACAUCAGUGCAUAACUGAGGCGCUGACUUCACUGGCCAGAAUUCCAACCACCGUAUCUCUGGGGAUUUUUUGUUUUCAUAUUCAUGCAACAUUCAGAGCUGUAAAGGAGUCUCUGUGAGCCCAUGUAUGCACUAACUGUUCUUAAUAACAUCGCUGCUGCAUGAGCCCCGGGUGGUCUGAGUCUUCCUGAGUUCAGUCCUUCUUCUUUGCUGGCAGGCCUUCCUUUAUUCCUGGAACAAACAGGAAGUGUGCGCGUUGUGGAAUGCGAGCGCGUCAAGAGAUCCUGGCAUCAGAUCAAAUCAGCAAUGUGUGAUUGUGAAUUAAUGGUGGCUAUAAUCUCUUUUUUUGAAUAAUUACUGUUUGCAUUACUACUGCCUGAACAUGUUAUGGUCUGUGUGACUGGUGACAGUGUGUUGGCAGUAGGUUUCAGUACUAGAUGUGUUUCGUUGAGUCUCUUGUUGGUGGAUCCUCCAGCCGUCAUGAAGUUUGCAGAGUUGACGGCUGCAGGGAUUACAGGGGAGGGAGAUACUGUAAACAAUCGGGGGGGAAUUACCGGCCUCAGACCAGGAGGCUCUGUGUUUACAUCAGGCUUUCAUGUUGGAGUUUCAUCUGGUCGCUUUAGUGGGUUGGUAUCAGUUUCUCAGUGUAACGCUUGUGGGGG